AUGGGUGAAGAGGCCCGUGUGGUGCUUCAAAGGAGUGCUUCUCCUGCGGCACUAGCGGCAAUCGUCACGAGCCAUUCCGACAUUCAUGACGUCGGCACAGUGUCGCCGUCCAUCUCGGAACCACGACAGCAACAGAUUCAGCAGAUCCCACUGUGGAUGCGAUGGAGGAAGUUCUGGGGUGUCCUUGCCAUUAUCACUGCAAUCGUGGCCGUCAGCAUUUGGAAUCUGAGUGAAUCCGACGCUUCUCUACUAAGAAAAGCACGGCAAUCUGUGCGCUACGUUGCCCGCGCACAGGCCGGUGACCUCACUCGACAACUUCGGACUUCUGUUGGUUCCCUGCAAGCGCUCGAGGGCAUCAUCCAAAUCGACCGGUAUGGCUUGGCCAUUGAGGAGUUUGACAAGCUAGCGGAGACCUUGAUCCGAACGUACAGGGGUAUCUCCAAUCUUCAACUGGCUCCGUUUGGGACUGUUUGUUGCGUGUUUCCCCUGGUGGAUGAUUCCCAAGAUAACCGUGUUGUGAUCGACCAUUCGCUUCUGCUGGAUCCAGCGCGCAGAGUGCAAGCCUUUGAGGCUAUACAGUCAAUGCAGACAUAUGUGAACGGGCCUCUCCGGCUGUUGCAGGGUGGAAUCGGGGCAGUCGCCCAGCGACCCAUCUUUACCCGCCAUGCGCCGAAGUAUCUCCCAGACGAGUGGUGGAUGGGAGGCGACGGCGUGAAUUACACCCGAACAUGCUCUGUCCCUGAGCUGCGGAAUGAGCGGGAGUGCUCCAUUCCAGGGCCAGCGGAUUCGGAUGGAAGCCCUACGUAUUUCUGGGGUUUCGCCACCAUGCUCUUUCGAGUGGAGGACCUCCUCUCGACAACCGAGCUGGCCUCGUUGGAGACUGGGGUACAAGGCGGCGAGGUUGGUGUUGCGGGCAUCUCACAGUUCGCCUUCGAGCUCUCUGACCCCAGCCCGCACCCAACGCUGGCGGAGCAGGGAGGCAUCUGGCUGCAGUCUAACAACACCGAUUCACUCAGCGACGCGGUUCAGGUGGCCGUGGCAGUCGAAGAAUUUGCCUUGCACUGGAUCUUGAAGGUGGCACCUCUCGCGGGAUGGCCCGUGGUUUCCGAGGACUUCUGGAGGCAGCUGCUCUUGGUGCUGCCACUGACGGCAGUGCUCGGCGUUCUUUUGGGGUUCAACAUCAUCCUCGCCUUACGUCGACAGGCGAGGGCGCUGCAGGACCUGGCCAAGCACUUGACACGUCAAAAGUGCGAAUCUAUCCGCAGGGCUGUGAGAAACCUGGAUACCUUCCUGUUUCCGAUGUACUUAGUGGAGCUCCCAGAGUUUCUACAGAUGGGCCAAUUGGUUCGCCAUGAACUCGCGCGGGAAGCUGGGCAGUUGCGGUGCUUCGACCUGCCGCAAGAGGCCGACGAGGUGUCAGCGUCGUUGGGCACGGUCUUCGUGAGUCAUCAAUGGGCUGGUUUCGACCACCCUGACCCCGAGGGUGUGCAGUAUCGAGCCAUACUGGUGGCCCUGCAAGCGUUUCAGGAGAGGGGAGUCGCUUGUGGCUACAUCUGGGUGGACUACACAUCCAUUCCUCAGGUGAACGAGUUUCAGCAGCAGGCAGCUGUCAACUCCUUGUCCGUCUACGCUUCUCGGUGCUCAGUGCUGGUGGCUGUGGCUCCUACCUGCACGCACGUAGACACGGGCGCAGAGGUCAAUUUGCAGACCUACGGUUCGCGUGGGUGGUGCAGGCUUGAGUUGCUGAGCUACAAGACCGGGUCCGGCAGGAGGUCAAAGGAUCCGACCACAUACAUCUGCGAUGACAGCGGCCUGAGAAGUGGAGAUGCCGACGACUCUCUCGCGGAUCAGAAUGUACUCCACGUGCUCGGUGGCUCCUUCACGUGCUGCAGCCGGAAGCACCCAGACAACAUGCCGUGCGACCGCCAUAAGAUCAGGGAUGUUCUUCUCGGUAUUUAUUGGAGGCUAAGUAGCAUAAAACGAGAUGGGGACCUGUGUUCGUCCUCGCGGGCAGAAGAGAUGCUUCAGCGUGCGGAUGCUGACACUGAGAAGUAUUUCCCGAGCCGCAGCAUGUACCACACGGAGAGCGGCACGGAGCUGCAGGAGCAUUUUGAUGGGUAUUUGCCCUUACUGCGAGACAUGUUUGCCGCUGCCUCGGAACUGGAGAAUGACUGCCACCAGUACGCUUUAGCCAGACGGUCAUCCUUCAGCAUUUGA